CACUGACGAAGAGAAAGGGCAAGCGCCAGAUUUCGUUUUAUAUACAUGCAAGAAACCAUCGUUUUCUUUCAUCGAUAGCUUCGAGAAUCGAACAUUCUCCAAAUUCUAUUUGCUGGCUGUAGUUGACAGGGAGGUUUCAGUUCAUUGGCGGAUGGCUUCUGGUCCUCCCUCAGUGGCUUCAACCAAGGAGACAACAAACUAUGCACGGCUUUGUCGUCUUCUGGUGGAUGUCGGGUCCCAGGUCUUAAGAGACACAUUUGAUGGUAUACAUUCGCCGGAAGGACUCCAUAAAGUUUUGGCUCGUCACCCAGAACAUGCAAAACUACAGUCUCUUCGGAAGAAGAAAGUUAUUAAUCCCACACAAUGGGGGAAGUUGUUCCCUGUCGUUACAGCUUCUGUUUCAUCAGCUAGCUUUGAUAUCACACUCUUAGUGGUGCUAUUGAGGAAUAUCUGUGGUCUUAGUCCUCCUAUCAAUGGUUGGGACCGUCUUCCUCCUGUAGCAGAAGGCAGUGCAUCAGCUAACAUAGCCAGGGUGAAGUUUUACCGAAAUACUACAUACGGUCACGCUGAGCAGGCUGCAGUCGAUGACACCACAUUCAACACCCUAUGGCAGGAUAUCGGUGAUACAAUAGUUGGAUUAGGAGGAGCAAAGUACGCUGCAGCUAUUAUCAAGCUCAAGAAUGAAAGUAUGGAUCCUGAUAUGGAGGAACAUUACAAGGAGUUGCUAUCAAUGUGGAAAAAAGAUGAGGACAACAUUAAAGAAAAGCUUGAAGAAGUGGAAGGAAAACUUGAACAUGUUGAAGAACAAGUAAAAAACGUCAGUGAAAAGUUAGAUGCCAUCCUUGGAUCAAAGCAAGCUGAAGAUGAUUUUGAUCCAACUGAACUGAUCGAUGGAAUACGACAACUUUACAAAGUCCGCGAUGGAUGGCUGGCACCAUUUCCGUGGUGCGAGGACUUUUGUUUUCAUCUUGGUGAUAUCUAUACCAGACUCAGAGUGGUAAGCAGAAUGAAAGCAGGAGGGAAAGCCACAGGACACGUUGUUACCAUGUCUGAAAUAUUCAAGUCGCACGAAGAAUGCGAGAAUCCAAGAACAUCGUUAAUUGAGGGGAAGCCCGGUAUGGGAAAAACCACAUAUUGCAAGAAACUUGUUUAUGGUUGGGCGAUUGGAAAGCAAGAAACAGGUGGCUUCCUACCAAGCUUCAAAAUCGUGUUGUUCAUCAAAUGUCGCGAUAUGAAGGGAGACCUAUGGGCGGCUAUUGAUGAUCAGCUUCUUCCUCGAGAUAUCGAUGAGGCCGAAAAGGAGAAAUUCUUCAACUUCAUUCGCCGCAAUCAGUCUGUGGUUCUGCUGGUCCUUGAUGGAUUGGAUGAAGUUUCUGUGAGUAAACUACCAAUGUUUGCCGAAAUCAUCCAAGGAAGACUUCUUCCAAAGUGUUACCUGGUUGUUACAGCGCGACACGAAGCUGGAGUUCAAGUUAGAAGACAUUGUGACACAUUGCUGGAGGUUGAAGGGUUCACUGAAGAGGAUGCGCGAAACUUUAUCACCAAAUACUUCAAAACAAGGGAGAAUUUGGCCAAAACUCUCAUCGAAGAGAUUGGAAAAGAUAAAAAGUUGAAAGACAUGGCGGCAAAUCCUCUCAACACCGCACUUUUUUGCCUGGUUUGUGAGGACUUUGAAGGGGUCUUCCCAGAAAGUAGAACGGAGCUGUAUGUGGAAAUAGUGCAAUGUGUUUUAAGAAGAUACAAGCAAAAGAAACAACUGCCAGUAAACGGCGAAGACUUCAUUGAAGAGUACGGAACCCAACUGAAGCACCUUGGCGGGAUAGCACUUAACGGUUUGCUCGAAGACAACUUGGACUUUGACGAAAGUGAGCUUGGAAAUCACAAAAGUGACUUACCUGGAUUUGGAUUUCUCUCCGUUCAGCCUGGAGGCAGCAAAUUAAGACCGCGCCGACGUUAUGCUUUCCUUCACAAGAGCUUUCAAGAAUGGUUUGCCGCGUACUAUCUGAGUCGUCGAUUGAUUGCGAAGGAAAUCAGCCCCAGCGAAGUAGCUGUUGACAAGCGUUUCAUCCAACAGUUGAAAGAAGUCCUUCCAUUUGUCUUUGGUAUCUUAUCAGCACGAUGCGAGGAGACAACGGUGAUCCUAGUCAAGAGCAUAACGUCACACUUGAACCAGGAGGUGGAUGAAGUCAGAGAUAGAUGGUUCAGGGUUGUUUUGGACUGCAUCAAAGAAUGCAAGGAGGAGAACGAUCUACCAACUCGCUUGUCACGUGAUUUUGGCUCGCUUCUUCAACUGGAAUCUGUCUCUCUUGAAAGGUCAAACGUUUGUGAUCCUGAUGUUGUUAUUCUGGCUGAAGCACUUAAAACCAAUACAACCUUAACAAGUUUACAUAUUUCAUUCAAUGCAAUUGGAGAAGAAGGCGUUGUCGCUCUGGCCGAGGCCCUUACAAGCAAUUCGUCCCUGAGAGUGUUGGAUUUAGGUACUAAUAGGAUUCUUGGUCCUGGAGCCUGUGCGUUAACUGGUUUACUCAAACGCAACUCAACUCUGACGGAAUUGUUAGUACCUUUCAACAACAUCCUCGACUCUGGUGCUGAUGCUCUGGCCGAAGCCCUGAAAUGCAACGUGUCUCUGUCAAGACUAGAUUUGUCUUUCAAUAACAUUGGCCAUCCUGGUGCUACCACCCUAGCCGGUGCCAUUAAGUGCAAUGGAACCCUGACGGAUUUGAGACUGUCUGGCAAUAAAAUAGGAGACGCUGGUGCUUCUUUCCUUGCGGAUGCAGUACAAGUGAACGCCAAUUUAAAGAUGAUUCUUUUGGCUGGUGGUUCCAUUGGAGAUGCUGGUGCUACUAGUCUGGCUGAAGCACUCAAAUGCAACAAAACCUUGAAAGACCUGGGUUUGCACGAUAAUGAUAUUGGAGAUUCUGGCACCACUGCUUUAGCAGCUGCCCUUGAAUGCAAUAAUUCCUUGGAAAGGCUUGAUUUAUCGAGCAACAAAAUUACUGAUCGUGGCGCUCUCGCUUUAUCUAAUUCCCUUAAGAGUAAUACUAUUCUGAAAGAGCUGUAUUUGGCUCGCAACAGCAUCAGUUAUCGUGGUGUUAACGUCCUAGCUGAUGAAGCUAAAGGGAGCAAGUCCUUGACGAAGUUGCAUUUGUCUGGCAACAGGGAUGCUGCGGCUGUAGUUCGGGAACUCCGCUCAAAACUUGGCGAUCUUAUUGCGUAACCCAAUCUACGUUUAGAUUUUUCUAAUACUUUUAAAUUGACCGUAGUGUAAUCAAAGUCAAAAUGAUUACCGCAGCUAAUCAGAUGUUAAACAUUACGAGGAGCCAAUGGGAACGCAAAGUAAAAAUAUGUCAACGGACUCAAAUGCAGACAUAACCAGAUCGAUCGUGAUUGGUUUUAGUCUUGAAUACGAUAUGUGGAGAUUGGGUACCAAUUGUAAUGCAAAAUGAAGGACCGUUGCAAUCUGGAAAGAACGUGCCCCUCAAAAGUAUUGAAAAUGGUUUUAGCUGAACAGUAUGUAAGGUUGCGGAUGCGGAUGCGGAUGACACUCCGCAUUUCUAUGAAAUCGAGUCUUACCUGUCUGCUGAUCUAAGCAACAUCAUAAGCAGGCUAGGUAGUAACUAAUGGUAACUAUCUGUUUCUUAACUACUCUACUCUGCUCUCCUCCUUGCAUUCUUAAAUACUCUAAAAUCAAAGUUAUGCUGUGGGAACGCAUCAAAGGCUCUCGAGAGUUGCUAGUUUUAGUGUUUCAGCUUUUAACAAGACCUUUAGAAGGGUCUACCAGUUCAAGUAUCUCAGAGUCAUGCUCGAUCCAGGCCUUUCUUAGAGUGAUCACAUCGACCAUAUUGCCUCCAAAAUAUCUGCUAGGCUGGGCAAGCUGCGGGAAGCCCGCAAAAUCAUUCCUCGAGAGGCCUGUAUCACAUUCUAUGACUCCUCGAUACUUCCACUAUUCGACUACUGCCGUGUAGUCUGAGAUGGCUGUGAACAAAUCGGGACUACCUGGACAAAUUGCAACUGCGAACACCUCACAUCAUCGAAGGGCGUAAAGUAGAAAAUACAGGCAGUACUUUUAACUGACCUUCCUUAGAAAAUCACAGGAAAUAUCACACUUGCCUACAAGUGUUUAAAUGCCUACACAGUCUCGGGCCCGCCUAUCUUUUGAAUGAAUUUAGUUUUUUCCGCCAAUACCAUGCCUACAAUACCAGAUAUAGACCUGUUGCGAUUAUCCCUGGCUAAAACAUCUAAAUAUCAAGGUUCCUUUAGCUACAAAGGUGCAGAGGUGUGGAAUACUCUGACUAGUAAACUACGAAACAUAAAUUCACUGCCUAAUUUUAAGAAAAAGUUCUCAAACUUCAUUUACGGAAUUGAUGUAGUACCCUUUGUAAUGUAACGUAUAUUGUAUA